AUGUUCAGUGGCGCCUCGAGCCCACCCAAGACAGAUCCAACCCCGAUUCCAGGGAUUGAUAGCGACGCAAGCCUCCAACCCGAAAACGCUAGCCCCCGUGACAAGAGAUUCUCGCCGCCUGGCGCCGGAUUCUUUACUCGUCGACAGAGUGAAGACCAAGCCCCCGCGGCUGAGAAGGAUAAGAAGCGUCGCAGCAGCACUGUCACCAAAGCUGCCAGCUUUUUCAGCAACGCUCGGAAUUCUCUAAGUCUCAACGGAGGCUCCACUGCGAGGGAGUAUUCGGGUAUCAGCAGCAGUCCACAAAGCUCAGACAGCCCGCUCCAGAGGCUUGGGAAAAUGGACCCAGCCCUGAGUGUCCCACAAGGGUCAUUUAACAACUCUGCAGGUGAAUCAGGUCCUACUGCAAAAUCCUCCUUCCGGGUCGGUGUCACAGAAGAUCGGAAUAGAAAAUGUCGUCGGACUAUGGAAGAUACACAUGCAUACCUGUACAACUUUCUUGGGACUCCGGCCCCAAAUGCAUCGCAUGACAUAAAUGGCACCUCCCCGCCCAAUAAGUCUCAAAUUGGAGAGCUUGCAAAUAUGGUAGAAACAGACAAUGGCUACUUUGCUAUCUUCGAUGGACAUGCCGGUACCUUUGCGGCCGAGUGGUGCGGUAAGAAGCUGCAUUUGAUCCUAGAGGAUAUCAUGCGGAAAAGUCCCAACGCUCCUGUGCCCGAGCUUCUCGAUCAAACAUUUACAAGUGUUGACCAACAAUUGGAGAAGCUGCCAGUCAAGAACAGUGGCUGCACUGCUGUGACCGCUGUGCUUCGCUGGGAGGACCGCGUGCCCAGCUUACAUUCGGCCACCGGCUCUGCAGCUCUUGCCACAGCUGCGGCGGCGGCGAAAAAGGAUAACUCAGAUGCCGCUGAGACACCAAAUCAAGAUACGCCGAUGGGAGGAUCUACACUGCCCAAGCUCCAAGAACACGCUGUUCGUCAGCGGGUCCUGUACACAGCCAAUGUUGGCGAUGCGCGUAUUGUAUUGUGUCGCAACGGUAAAGCCCUGCGAUUGUCGUAUGAUCACAAGGGAAGCGAUGAAAAUGAAGGCAAGCGCAUUGCCAAUGCCGGUGGCUUGAUCCUCAACAACCGUGUCAAUGGUGUGCUCGCGGUUACUCGAGCUCUGGGCGACGCCUAUCUCAAAGACCUUGUGACGGGGCACCCUUACACCACCGAAACCGUCAUCCAGCCCGAUGCGGAUGAAUUUAUUAUUCUUGCUUGUGAUGGCUUAUGGGAUGUCUGCACCGAUCAAGAAGCCGUCGAUUUGAUAAGAAACGUCCAAGACGCACAGCGUGCCUCAAAGAUCCUGGUUGAUCACGCUCUCGCGCGCUUCAGUACCGACAACCUGUCUUGCAUGGUGAUUCGACUCGAUAGCAACCGGGUCAAGGACGUUGUGAACAAUAAGACCGAGCUCAUUGGCGUGGAUGGCGACCCGGCCACAGAUGUCUUAGGUGGCAUGAGUGAAGCCGAUAAGAUAGUGGAGGAUGCGCAAAAAAACAUGGCUAGCCACGGAAACGAUGGCCAAGAGGCUGCAGAGCAGGCCGGCCAAGGUACCCCCCAGAAGUCACAAGAUCAAAGGCUCGAAUCUGGUACGCUCACUGGUAGCUUGCCUCCAGUAGACAUAACAGGUGCGAAAUAA